AUGCCGCUACCACCACAAGCAACAUUCUGGGACAAGCUAAAGUUCUUCACAUUGAUACCUCGUGUCAUCGCCGCAGGACUAUCCAGACUGAUCCUCCGUCCAUUCAGCAGAGGUCUCCUUCCAGAUUCACUCUUCAAAGACAUUGCAUUCUCAGCCGUUCGAACAAACUUAGCACUAAUCAGUACAGCUCAAGAACAAUGGCUCAACAAGACGACCGAAGGUGCUUAUCUCGAAUUUAUGAAGUCAAAGAGCUUGAAGCCCGAUACUGAUGUGCUCAAUGUCGGGCUGAAGAUUCACUGGCUUGGAAGCAAGAAUGCUAAGAAGACCAUGCUGUACUUCCAUGGUGGUGGAUAUGUUCUCGCUAUGAGUCCUGGUCAUUUACAGUUUUUGGCCGACAUACAGAGGGAUGUUGGUGAUGUUGGAAUCGCUAUUGUGGAAUAUACACUUGCGCCUAUGGGUCAGUAUCCUGUGCAGUUGAGGCAGGCGGCUGAGUCGUUGGACUGGUUGUUGACUAAGCAGGGGAAGAGGCCUGGCGAGAUCAUCCUCGCCGGCGACUCUGCUGGAGCUAACUUGGCACUUGCCCUGAUCUCGCACAUGCUACAUCCUCAUCCUACCGUGAUCAACAAGCCUGAGCUCAGCGAGCCUCUCGCUAGUGCUAUACUGAUCUCUCCAUGGGUCAACUUCGCCAACACCGACCCCAGUAUCCGCCAGAAUGUGAUGUCCGACUUCAUCAGCGAGCCUUCGCUCGAACGAUGGUCAAAGCUGUUCCUUGGUUCAAGUCAAAUCGACAACUACAACACACCCUCCCAAGCAGACAGCACCUGGUUCAAAGGCAUCGAUGAAAAGGUCAAGGACAUCUUGAUCUGGGGAGGUGGCGGUGAGGUACUCAUUGAUUCCAUCGAGUUGAUUGCACAGACACUUAAAGCGGCACAUCGUCAGACGGAGUAUGUUGUUGAACCGGGUAAGAGUCACGAGGACUUUAUCGUCUUGAAACUCCUUGGGUAUAGCGAGAAGGCUGAAGGGACACAACUUAUUGAGAAUUGGAUCAAGGCGAGGCUAUGA